CCGCCACGCGCAGCAAAGAAACGAAAAGUUCCGAAGCACAAAAAUAUUUCAGCAUAUCAAUCUGUUGUCUCUUCCGAUUUCUCCAAAUGCUCAGCCAUGGCUGCUCCCUCUUCUCCCUCUUCUUCUCCCAACUCUGUUUCCAAGUCCACUCUUUCUAUCCGUUACGGUAUCCAUAAGAAUAAGAACAAACGCAAGAGCCAUGAGUCUAUGCCAAAUGAUGAGAAGACUCUGACUGAGUCAGCGGUUGCCGGGCUACAGCGACUCAGUCGUCGUUCACCGUCCAGUCGCACCAAAUCUCCCGGAGUUCGACUCAUCCAUGGCCGAAUCUACGACUCUGAGAACGGCAAGAGUUGUCAUCAGUGUCGUCAGAAAACCAUGGAUUUUGCGGUGACGUGCACGAAAAAGGGCGAGAAUGAGCAAUGUCCCUUACAUUUUUGUCACAAAUGCCUCUUGAACAGAUAUGGAGAAAAAGCAGAAGAUAUGGCAGUGUUGGGUAGUUGGUUGUGUCCCAAGUGCAGAGGCAUUUGCAAUUGCAGUUUCUGCAUGAAGAAGCGAGGUCAUCGGCCUACUGGAGUACUUGCGCGUACUGCCAAGGCAACUGGGUUUUCUUCUGUGUCUGACAUGCUGCGUGUUAAGGGGACUGUGGGGUUUUGUUCUGAAAACAGGAUAAUAGACGCAGUUGAUUCAUCGAAAGAGAAGAUUGCCUCAAAUGAGCUCAAAGAAUUGAAGUCUAAGGAUCAUAGUGAAAAAGGUGGAAAAUCCAACACCGGCUAUUCAAGAAAAGGGAAUGAUGAUGAGAAUGGUUGCAAGCGCAAUAAGGCAGAUGAUGCACUUACAGAGACGUGUCUAAAGAAAUCUCAGAUUUCUAUGGAAGUAUCUAAACAUGCAGAAGAAAUACAUAGAAAUGAUAAUGCCCAACAAUGUACUCAUCAUUGUUAUUCACCGACUACCCGCAGAAAAUCAUCCUUACUUCAGCUUAGUGCAGGUCGAGUUGACAACUCUGAGGAUGGAAAAUCCUGCCACUGGUGCCAUAAUAAAACCAUGGGCCCACUCGUAUCUUGCCAAAACCACAGUGGGAGCAGGCAAUGUGCCCUUAAUUUUUGUCAUUUAUGCCUCUUGAACAGGUUUGGAGAAAAAUUGGAAGAUAAGGCAGUUUUGAACGAGUGGAAGUGCCCCAAAUGCAGAGGCAGAUGCGAUUGCAGUUUGUGCAUGAAGAAGCAACAGCACCAGUCCACUGGAAAACUUGUGCAUACUGCCAUUGGAAUUAGGUCCCUGACAGUGUUGGAGGAGAAUCAUGUUAAUGACUCUGAGAAUUUUGGUUUUGAAAAGAUGAUGAUGGAAGUCAGUGUCUCAGAAGAAAAGCAGACUGCUGCAAAUGAGGAAUUUGCAGUAGCUUCAACAAAAGUAUGCAGGGAAGAAAAUGGCAAAAGUGAUUCAAGCUUGCAGUUUAAUCCUUUGAAAUUUAAUGCCGAUGAUGAGGAAAAUGAGGAUUCAAAGAUGAAAAAAUCCAGAAAGAAUGAUGUCAAUUUCAAUGAGUGCAAAGGUAGUGGAGAUGCUGAUGCAAGUAAAGAGAAAAGUUGUCCUAAAAAAUGUCAAAGUUCCAAGGAAGUGUCUGCGAAAGAAGGAAAGUUCUAUGAUAGGGGUGGCGAUGACCGAUUAGUCAAGAUUACUUCUGAUAGAAAUAUUCCUUUGAGAACUUCUCCCGGGUCUAUCAAUAUAAAUGAUAAUGAGACUGUAGAGCCCAAUAAUGUGGAUAUUGAUAAUGAUGUAGAAACCCCGAGAAAAGGUUCUGAUUUUGAAGUCUUGCUUCCUCAAGGCAUUGAAUUGAAAAAUGUAGCUGAUAUUGACAUUCCUGCACAGGAUGUUGGACAUGCCCUGCAAUUCCUUGAAUUCUGCAAAGCUUUUGGGCAGGUUCUUGAUCUAAAGAGAGGACAGCCUGAAUUGUUGCUUCGAGAGUUAGCUUGUGGACGAAAUAAACGUCGAAUACAGGAUUCCCCAAUUGUUCAGUUUCAUAUCCAGUUGCUCUCUAUGAUACAUAAGGACUCACAAAAAGAGCAUACUUCCUGCAGUCACACUAUUGACGGAAAUUCAUGGUUGGAAGCUCUUAGGAAAUGCAUCUCAGAAUCCAAGUAUCCAUUGGAGGAACUUCAGUUGGAUUGCUUUGAUGUCAGUGAUGAUGGAUAUGACAAAUUAAACUUGUCCACAAAGCUCAGAAUCUUAAAUUUUCUGUGUGAUGAAGCUCUUGGUACCGUAAAUUUAAGGAAAUGGAUUGAUGAACAGAACUCAAAAUUUAUUGAAAAAGCAAAAGAAGAAGCCUUUGCUGCAAAAGAAAAGCAAAAGAGCAUGAUGCGGAGGCUGCAGGAUGAGGUCACCAGAGUUAUGUUGGCAAAAAAUGGGGCUCCUCUUUCCAUUUCUGAACACGAAGAUCUUGUCUCAAAGAUAAAAACAGAAGUACAGCAUAAUCUUGCAGGGACUCAAGAAGCAACAGAUAGAGAACCAAUAAAGAAACAGCAAUCUGAUGCUGUGAGGUUGGAGCCUAUUCUUUUGGAUGGGAAUGGCCGUAUAUUUUGGAAGUUGACAAGCUACUCUGGCAAUAUGGAUAUUUUGGUUCAAGAGGUUAAAAGUUGGGAUUUGAUAAGAUCUGAGGAGAGAUGGUUAACCUAUGAUGUUGAACAUAAGGCAACAAUAGAGAAAUAUAUCUCAUCCAUAAGGUUUCGAGGAUGAUGCUUCAGGAUUGAUGAUUGAAGACAAAUGUUGGCAUGCAAUUUCAAGUAUUUAUUUUUUUUGGAAUCUUUGUUGAAAACGUGAAGCAUCUCUCAUUUUGUUGUUGUUGUUUUAUUUAUUUAUUUAUUUAUUUUGAGUUAUGUUUUGUUGAAUGCUUCAAAAAUAGAAGGAUUUUUAUUGGGCAUGAAUUUUUAUAGGAGGGCUCUGUAACUUUAAUUUGGAAUUUUA